AUGAGUACAACCUCGCGAGGCUUAGAGGGGAGACUGAUCGACCGGUGUGAUGCCCACUCAAUGACUGGCACGUGCGCUUUCAUAAUUUCUCAUGGAUUGCCCUCUCUUAUUUUAUCCUAUUAUUAUUAUUAUUUUGCAGAUGAGAAAAAGAAAACAAAGAAAGUGGAUAACGAGCUCCACCCUGUCUGGAAUGAGAUUUUGGAGUUUGACCUGAGGGGUAUACCGCUGGACUUCUCAUCUUCCCUUGGGAUUGUGGUGAAAGAUUUUGAGACAAUUGGACAAAAUAAGUUAAUUGGCACGGCGACUGUGGCCCUCAAGGACCUGAUCGGCGACCAGAGCAGAUCGCUGCCCUACAAACUUAUCUCCCUGCUGAACGAGAGGGGGCAAGACACUGGGGCCACCAUUGAUUUGGUGAUCGGCUAUGACCCACCUUCGGCGCCGCAUCCAAAUGACCCUGGUGCACCCAGCGUGCCAGGCACAGGAGGAGAAGAGGAGGAAGGUGAAGGUGAUGAAGACGGGAUGGACGGUGCGGUCCGGGACCCUGGGCCCCGGGCGCCGGCGGGGAAGGUGUCGGAGGCUCAGCUCGCUCGGAGACUGGGCAGAGUGAAGUCCAGCCGGCGCAUGCUGUCCAACAAGCCCCAGGACUUUCAGAUCCGUGUCAGAGUGAUUGAGGGCCGGCAGCUGAGUGGCAAUAACGUACGGCCUGUGGUCAAGGUCCACGUCUGCGGCCAGACACACCGAACAAGAAUCAAGAGAGGGAACAAUCCGUUUUUUGAUGAGUUGUUUUUCUACAAUGUCAACAUGACGCCCUCUGAAUUGAUGGAUGAGAUCAUCAGCGUCCGGGUUUAUAAUUCCCACUCUCUGCGGGCAGAUUGUCUGAUGGGGGAAUUUAAGAUUGACGUCGGAUUCGUUUAUGAUGAACCCGGUCAUGCUGUCAUGAGAAAAUGGCUUCUUCUCAACGACCCCGAAGAUGCCAGCUCUGGUGCUAAAGGUUACAUGAAAGUCAGCAUGUUUGUCCUGGGAACCGGAGAUGAGCCUCCCCCUGAGAAACGCGAUCGCGACAGUGAUGGUGACGACGUGGAGAGUAAUUUGCUGCUCCCUGCUGGCAUCGCCCUGCGGUGGGUGACCUUCUUACUGAAAAUCUACCGAGCUGAGGACAUUCCCCAGAUGGAUGACGCCUUCUCACAGACAGUAAAGGAAAUAUUUGGAGGCCAUGCGGACAAGAAAAACCUCGUGGAUCCUUUUGUAGAAGUUUCCUUUGCUGGAAAAAAGGUUUGCACAAAUAUAAUUGAGAAAAAUGCAAACCCUGAGUGGAAUCAAGUCGUCAACCUCCAGAUCAAGUUUCCUUCGGUGUGUGAAAAAAUAAAACUCACAAUUUACGACUGGGACCGUCUUACUAAAAAUGACGUCGUUGGAACAACGUAUCUACACCUCUCUAAAAUUGCUGCCUCUGGCGGGGAAGUGGAAGAUUUCUCGUCUUCGGGAACUGGGGCUGCAUCGUAUACAGUAAAUACAGGAGAAACAGAAGUGGGCUUCGUUCCAACGUUUGGGCCUUGUUAUCUGAACCUCUACGGAAGCCCCAGGGAGUACACAGGGUUCCCGGACCCCUAUGAUGAGCUCAAUAGUGGAAAGGGGGAAGGCGUUGCCUACAGAGGCAGGAUCUUGGUUGAACUGACCACUUUUCUUGAGAAGACACCACCAGAUAAAAAGCUUGAGCCCAUUUCCAAUGACGACCUGCUGGUUGUUGAGAAAUACCAGCGGAGGCGGAAGUACAGCCUGUCCGCCGUGUUCCACUCGGCCACCAUGCUGCAGGACGUCGGGGAGGCCAUUCAGUUUGAAGUCAGCAUCGGAAACUAUGGCAACAAGUUUGACACGACCUGUAAGCCUUUGGCGUCAACAACUCAGUACAGCCGUGCCGUAUUUGAUGGGAACUACUAUUAUUACUUGCCGUGGGCCCACACAAAGCCAGUUGUGACCCUGACCUCAUACUGGGAGGACAUUAGUCAUCGCCUGGAUGCGGUGAACACUCUCCUGGUCAUGGCGGAACGGCUGCAAUCCAACGUAGAGGCUCUAAAAUCAGGGCUACAAGGCAAAAUUCCUGCAAACCAGCUGGCUGAGUCGUGGUUGAAGCUGAUAGACGAAGUGAUAGAAGAUACAAGAUACACAUUGCCUCUCACGGAAGGGAAACCCAAUGUCACAAUUCUUGAUACUCAGAUCCGAAAGUUGCGGUCUCGAGGGCUCUCCCAGAUACACGAGGCGGCUGUGAGGAUGAGGUCUGAAGCCACGGAUGUGAAGUCCACGUUGUUGGAAAUUGAGGACUGGCUUGAUAAGUUAAUGCAGCUGACCGAAGAG